GUGUGCCUCGCUCUGCACGGCCGGGACGGACCCUGCUCUUUAUUUUUAUCUUUAUCCGUGCUGGCUCGCCAGACCCGCUCGCCGCUCUCGGGCAGCAGCUGCGUGAGCUCUGGAUGCCAGGAGGAGGAGAGUUAACAGUAAGUGCAGCUCCGAGAUGAAACCUCCAUGUGGGCAAGGCAUAAGGCUGGCAUACCUUCUCCUGAGUCUGGCUUCCCUCUGCCUUCCCAGCCCUCUCUGGAAGGACCGGGACUCCCUGAUGCAGGAGGAGAAAUCCCAUCAGACAGGAGGCAACUUGGUGCUGAGUAGGCAGGAGGAGCAGCUCAGUACAAAGCUGGUAAACCUCAAGAAGAAGGAAGUGGAAACAGCCAUAACUGCAGGACAGUUUCCUCCAAGCAUGCACUUCUUCCGGGCCAAAAGCCUCAUUGAUCAGAGCGAGGUGUUCAGCAUCUUAAAGCACAUGCCAAAAGGUGCUGUGCUCCACCUGCACGACUUUGCCAUGCUGAGCGUGGGCUGGCUGGUGUACAAUGCCUCCUACCUGCCCGACUGCUACAUCUGCUUCACCCGCACGGGCUCCGUGCGCUUCCGCUUCUCCCGCCCGCGCCCUUCCCACCUGCCAGCCCAGUGCUCCCAGUGGGAGCUGCUGGAGACCUACCGGGGACACCUGAGCGACGUGGCCGAGUUUGACAGAGGCUUGCUGAGAAACCUGACCCUGGUGACAGAUACCCCUGAGCUGGCCUACCCCUCUCAGACUUUCAUUUGGAAAAGAUUUGAAGAAAUCUUUCUCACUGCCUCUGGACUUAUCUGCUAUGCACCUGUGUUCAAGGCCUAUUUCUACCAGGGGCUGCUGGAGCUCUAUGAAGAUAACAUACAGUAUGUUGAGAUAAGAGCUAUCCUGCCUGCGGUGUAUGAACUGGAUGGCACCCAGCACAAUAAAUCAUGGUCUGUGGCAACCUACCGGGAAGUGACCAGGCAGUUCGUGAAGGAGCACCCAGACUUUGUUGGAGCCAAGAUUAUAUUUGCAGCACACAGGAUGCUGAAUCUUUCCCAGAUUAAAGAAGCCAUCCUCACUGCCAUGGCACUCAGAGCCCGCUUCCCAGACACCCUGGCAGGCUUCGACCUGGUUGGUGAUGAGGAUGAAGGUCAUUCUUUGUGGGACCUGAAGGAUGCCCUGACCAUCCCAUAUUCCAUGGGGGUCAACUUGCCAUACUUCUUCCAUGCUGGGGAGACUGAAUGGCAGGGCACCUCUGUAGACAAUAAUGUGCUGGAUGCAUUGCUGCUGAACACCAGCAGGAUUGGCCAUGGACUUGCUCUCACUAAACACCCAGUAGCCAAAAGUUUGUCUCUGAAGAUGGAUAUUCCUGUGGAAGUCUGUCCCAUCUCCAACCAGGUCCUGCUGCUGAUAGCUGACCUGAGGAGUCACCCUGCAGCUGACCUCAUGGCUGAGGGGCACCCCAUUGUGAUCAGCCCCGAUGAUCCCCCCAUCUUUGGGGCAAAGGGAGUCUCCUAUGACUUCUACGAGGUGUUCAUGGCCAUUGGAGGGAUGAAUGCUGACCUGAGGACCCUAAAACAACUCGCACUCAACUCCAUAAAAUACAGUGCCAUGCUACCGGAUGAGAAAGCCAAGGCCAAAGAGGUCUGGCAGAAAAAAUGGGACCAAUUUGUGGCUGACCUCUCUGAUAGCUUUCUAAGGGAGCUGUAGAGAGGACAAGGCUCAUCUCAGAAGGCAUUUGGCAAGCUAGGGAGAGCCAGAGUGAUUGCUGAGAGGGAGACUGCUUCUUCCAUGUGACCUGAGCAGAUGAAUGGACGUCAAAGUCUCACCUGGCAGCGGGUGAUUCUGCUAAGCCAGGCUUAAUGGGCUUAAAGCUAAGAAGGAACUGCACUAUCCUGUGAAACUCAUGGACUGGAGGUAAAAGGAGCAGCGAUCCUUUAGAGCAGCCACAAGAAAUCACCCUGCUCAAAAGAAUCAAAACAAUUAAAAAUUGCCAAUGACCAGAUCCUGACAUCCUUAUUCAGGAAAAACUUGCUUUCCAAUUAGAGUCAGCAGGAGAUUGCCAACACGAGGAUCUCUGAAUUUUGCCUUAUCAUUACAAAAUGCAGACCUUGUCCGGAAACAGCUAAGACAAACAUCCAACCAUUUGGGCCACUGACCUUCAAGAGAGCAAGGACUGAAAAUGACUCUUGUUAUGUUUAACCCUGGGCCUGCUGCCAAAAUAGCACUGCUAGGUCGAAGAACCAGUCAUAGGUCUGAUGUCUGCUAUUUCAGGACCUACCAUGGUUGGAAACAAGCUGGUGGAACUUGCUCCCAGAACAUUUAAGCCUGGUUGCCCAGUGAUCAUAAAGCCAGAGGAGAGGUGCCUCAGUUGCCAGCAGUUUUUUAACUACGAAGUCUUUUCCUGACCUCUGGUCAAAAGGAAGACAAAACACGUUUCAGGUUAAGUCAAAAAUAUCCUGGCUUCCCAGACCCAGCUUGAUUAAAAUUAUCCCUCUGCACCAGGCCCUGUUAACACAGAUAUUUAUAGGAAACACCUUUAGGUUUCAGGGAGUUCCACCACCAGCCUUUGUUGCUGAACUCACUGUGCAAAUGUGGCUUUUUUCAGUCUGCCAGAGAGAUUUUUCACCUUGGUAUAGAACUUCUGUGGAUAUCCACAGGGCUCAUUUGGACCUUUGUGGUUUCCAGCUCCUUAGCAAAAAAAAAAAAACCUACACAAGAAACAGU